GGAGGUGGACAAGGAUUAAAGGAGUCCUCCGGAAGCACCGGGUCCAAUCCACGCACUCGGAGGAUGAGAAGCACCCCCCCGGGCUUGCCUGCUGGUUGAGGAGAGCGUGAGACUGUGAGCGUGGUUGAGGACCAGCCCAUCGCCACACACAGCCCAGUAGCAUCACCAAGGGCUGGAGACAUGCUGUGCGCCCUGAGGAGGGAGGUGAAGAAGGCUGGGGAUGAGAGCCCUUACUGUAGGGGCAACAGGGAUUCCACAGGUCCUCACGGUGGCCUAGUCUCCCUAAGACACAGCGUGCCAGAGGAAUGCAGGGGCGUCACCACCGUGGAGCUCAACAGGAGGGAUGGCAGCACUCUGGGCCUCACAAUAUCUGGGGGCACGGAUAAGGACGCCAUGCCUAGGGUGUCCAGACUGCGCCCUGGGGGGCUGGCUGCCAGGAGCGAUCAGCUGAACGUUGGGGACUACAUCACCUCGGUCAAUGGCAUCCAUCUGGCCCGGCUGAGGCAGGAAGAGAUCAUCAGCCUGCUGAAGAACGUGGGUGACCGCGUGGUGCUCGAGGUGGAGUACGAUCUGCCUCCGGCCGCUUCGGAUGGCAGCGCGGGUACCAUUUCCAAGACGAUAGAUGUGCGCCUGGGGAAGGAAGACGUGAGCUAUGGCUUUGUCAUGCGAGGGGGUUCUCAUGAAGACUGGCGCAAGUCACGCCCCCUCGUUGUCACUCAUGUUAGGCCCGGAGGUCCUGCAGACAGGGAGGGUACAAUUCAUGUAGGGGACCGUAUCCUUAGCGUGGAUGGGGUACCUGUGCAUACUAAGACCCAUGUAGAAGCUCUGGGAAUGUUGGGGCGGAGUGGCCCAGAGGUCCUGCUCCAGGUUGAGUACGACGUCUCUGCCACAGACCCGAGCAGUAGAGGCUCUGGCUCUCUGCUGGUGGAAGUGGAGAAGUCACCCGGUGCCGCUCUAGGGCUCAGCAUUUCCUGCGCCCCAUACAGAGACAAGCAGGUCAUUGUCAUUGACAAGAUACAGGCCGCCAGCGCAGCAGACAGGUGUGGAGCUUUGCGAGUUGGUGAUCACAUCUUGUCCAUCAAUGGCACUGGCACAGAGCACUGCUCUGUCCUAGAGGCCAACCGUCUCCUAGCCAGCAUCUCGACCCAAGCCAAACUGGAGAUCCUGCCCAGCAGACCACGGGACACGGUAAAGGUGCAGAGAAGUGAGCAGCACCACUGCUGGGACCCAUGUGUGAGCUACUGUCAUGCCCAGCACCCUGGCCAGUGCAAGCUGUCUGCCCGUGUCCCUCCUGGCGUCCAACCCGGUCAGGACUCGUGCAAAUCGUCCAGCAACAUGUCCCCUGCCUCCACCAACACGUCGGGGCUGGGCAGCCAGACCUCCUGCGCUGUGCCGUGCCCCAUCUCUCCCGCCAGUCCUCACAGCAGCACGCUCCCCAGCUCCAUCCUUCCAACAAGCCCCCGCAGCUCCCUGCUGAGCAGGAGGCAAAGAGUGAAGGAGCACAAGAGUUCACUGUCUCUGGCAUCCAGCACGGUGGCUCCUGGAGGUCAGAUCGUUCACGUAGAGACGUGCGAAGUGACCCUCCUCGGAGAUCCCCUCAAUGGCUUUGGCCUCUACCUGCAGGGGGGCGUGUUCACCACAGAAACGCUGUGCGCUCCCCCCAUCAUCCGCUCCAUCACCCCUGGCAGCCCUGCUGAGAGGUGUGGGCUGCUACAGGUGGGUGACAGAGUGCUGUCCAUCAACAGCAUUCCCACCGAGGAUGGAACGCUGGAAGAGGCCAAUCAGAUGGUGCGGGACGCUGCUCUGACGAGUCACGUGACGCUGGGGAUCGAAUUUGAUGUGGCAGAAUCAGUGGUCCCCAGCAGUGGUACUUUCCAUGUGAAGCUGCCCAGGAAGAGAGGUGUGGACCUUGGGAUCAUACUUAGUGCAAGCAAGAAACCCGGACAACCUCUCAUCAUCUCAGACAUCAGGAAGGGCAGCAUAGCUCACAGGACAGGUACGUUGGAGCCAGGAGACAGGCUGCUGGCCAUUGACAACAUCCGCUUGGAGAACUGCACCACGGAAAACGCCCUGCACAUGCUGCAGCAAUCUGAUGACCUUGUAAAGCUGAAGAUCCAGAAGGAUGAAGAUAAUGCUGAUGAGCAGGAUAUGUCCGAGUGCAUCGUCUACACUGUGGAGCUGCAGCGGUACGGUGGACCCCUGGGGAUCACCAUUUCGGGCACCGAGGAGCCUUUUGACCCCAUUGUCAUUUCGGGUCUUACUAAGAGGGGUCUGGCGGAGAGGACUGGAGCCCUCCAUGUAGGUGACCGUAUCCUGGCCCUCAAUGGUGUGAGUCUGAAGGGCAAGCCGCUGAGUGAAGCCAUUCAUCUCCUGCAGGCGGCAGGAGAGACUGUCACCCUCAAGAUCAAGAAGCAAGUCAAUGACAGAGUGGAGAGAAAGUCAAAUGACCUGACUGAUGAUGACAAUUCACAGAAGUCUAGCAGGCUGUCGGAGAUCUACUCUGCAACCAUUCCCAGUGUGGAUUCCGCAAUGGAAUCCUGGGAUGGUUCUGGUUCCAGCACUGAUGUUGGCGGAGGAGGCCCGGCUACAGAUAUGAACACCCAGCUGUCAGGCAUUGCCCUGGACCCUGAUGAGUGGCACAAAACCAAGCAGAGCAACAAUAUGCCCCCUGCUGGUCUGUGUACGAAGCACCCCAGUGGUGAUGAAAGCAGUAAUAACAAUGACUGGGAAAAAUCUUCUGGAUAUAGUGGCCGAAGGCACCAUCACGACCUCGCCCUCGAGUCCCAAGACACACUCUGGUCCCAUGCUCUUGAGGAUCUUGAGACCUGUGGCCAGUCAGAACUUCUGAGAGAAAUUGAGGCAUCGAUAAUGAGUGGCAGUGCUUUGAGUCUCGAUGUGGAUGCACACAAGUCACAUGACCUUGCAAAAUCAUUCAGACAAAGUGAUGCCAAGAACAACAAUAUUUUGACUGCCUGCGAGAAUGCCUGGCCAUCUGGUAUGAUGGAGGAACUGCAGGAGGCCAUGUCUCCCACAUCCUUUGAGCUGCACAAGGUCACUGUGACAAAGGACCCAGAGACACAUGACUUUGGCUUUAGUAUAUCAGAUGGCUACCUUGAGAGCGGUAUUUACGUCAACAUGAUUCGCCCUGAAGGUCCCGCUCAUAGAGCUGGGCUCAAACCCUUUGAUCGGAUCCUACAGGUCAACCAUAUCCGGACGCGGGAGAUGGACUGCUGCUUGGCCGUGCCGCUCAUUAUGGAGGCUGGGGAUAAGCUGGAACUUGUUAUCAGCAGAAAUCCUCUGUUUCAAGCAAACUGGGCUCAACCGGAAGGCUGCGAUGACAUCUCUUCCUCGACACUGAGUCCCAAAGAACACCAGAGUAACACUAUGGAUCUGUGAUUAUGGUCCGGGAUAGCGGAGGUGUUUCAGAUGAGGGACUGGAGGCUGCGAAGGCACAGCGCGCCAGAGAACAAGCACGCUUCUCCCUGCAACAGGCUCAGAACGUGGUACGGGACUCCUACACGGAAGCAAGACUGACGGGCACCUUCGGCAUAUUGGGGAUACACAUGACCCUCUGCUGAUGUCUGUAAACAUUCCUCAGCUCUGAUCGCAAUCACUCCCUGUUAGAGGGUUAACCCGGACUACGGCGUGUCACCCUGCGGUCCCGCAGAUGUUGCCCACAUAGGGGCUGCAUCAACACAUUCCUAUUGUACAUUCACUAGCAGGUCAAGAUGAUUCAUCCUCACUGCAGGAGAAAAGGAGGGGGGGGGGGGAAAAAACUUGGUGUUUACUGUUUUCACUGAUUGUUGAAUAUUACAAUGAAAAAAUUGACACCAUCUUUGACGUUUAAAUGUUGCCUCACGAUUUUUCCCUUUUUGACACACGGUAUCACUAUGCACCCAGUAUUGGUUCAAACACUUUUUUUUUUU